AUGGCUGAUCACUUCUACACUACUGACCCACACGGAGGAUCUGCUCCAGCCUCCGGCUAUCACCUCGAGGAGAUCGCUUGCUACGUAGCGACUACGGAGCUAAAGGGCACAGUCCCGAUCUACCAGUGGUAUAAUCCUAGUUCGAAGUUACAUUUCUAUACAACUGAUUUCAACGGAGAGCUCGCACCGCAGGCUGGGUAUGAGUAUGAAAAGAUCGCAUUUUACGCUUUCUCCCACGAAGCCACGGGGACUGUACCGUUCUAUAGAUGGGUGGGCAGCAAAUCUCAGCAUUUCUACACGAUUAGCGAUUCUGAAGGCGCAAAUUCUGGUAUGAAAUUUGAAGGUAUCACUGCGUAUGUCCAUCCGGGAGCAACUGAGGGAUUUGCUGCGCUGUAUAGACGGUACAGUGGGUGA